CACAAUCCACCACAGCUGCUGCCGCAGACUUGCGAGCAGAUAAAAGAAGUGCGUCAAGGGAGCCGGUGAGGCGCAGACGUUGUUCUACCAAUGUCGGGCUUUGCGUUUGGACCCCAGCUGGCGAGUAUCGGACCGCGGUUUAGUUUGAGUAGGCGCAGUAGAUGAGCCCAUGUCGAAGUUUCCGUUGUCUGCCUGAAGGGUGAAGUCGUUUGCGUCGCCGCUGCAGACACAUUCAACCAUGGACCACAUCAGCCUGAGUUGCCAGGUCUGUCUCAGCAAAUACAGCAAGGUGUCUGAUUUCAAGAAACAUGUGCGCUCAAAGGAACAUCGACAGAAAAUGGAAGAAAUCUUCCAGAAAGAAAAGUUCAGUGUUCCUGGCUUCUUUCCCUCCAUCGUUUUUAUCAAUCCAAACAAAUAUGACAUGAAAACACCCAAAAUAGGCUUGUCUCUACUGACUCUAUGUUUCAGUCCAGAAGAACAGACCUUUUUUUACCUGUGCCACAUCUGUGAAGAAAAGUGUUCACAUGACAAGAUUUUAUACCACCUCUCUACUGGUGACCAUUGUAGCAGCUACUUUAACUACACCAACCCCAAUGUACUGAUUUUCUCCUGGAUGCCCACCAUGGACAUGAGAGUCAUUCUGAGGCAUGAGCUCACAAAGAAAGUCAAGGAGAAUGGGCCUGAUUCACUACAGGUUUUGGAUUUACCUGCAAAGUUAAUGAAAAAGUUUGACACGUGUACCUACUCUGAAGUGAUGCACACUCUCAGAAAAAAUGGCGACGUUCUCAAGCUGCUUGAAGUUAACAGUCCAAAGAGGGCAAUGAUCCAAUCAUACCAAAAAGACAGCGAAAGAAAACAUCCACUUCUUGGCAUGCAGCACCUUGUUGAAUGCAUUUGUGAAAAUCCGCCUGAGAAGAGAUACUACCUCUGCACUCUCUGCAAACUAACUCUGGCCACAAACAUGAUCAUCAGACAUGUCCUGAGCUUUGACCACAUCUUUUGUUACUUUAAAGUGUGGCACCCCUCUACUUUGCUGAGAAAGGAAUGUUACAGUUACAACAAGUCCUUCACAACCUUGAUGCUCAAUCUAGCAAAGCAGACAGAAGAAAUUCAUGGAACCGCAACCUCUGAUAUGAAGCAAGUGAGCCUGGAGCCUGCUGAGUUCACAUCAGUGAAUUUCACUUGUUAUGCAGAAGCCUUGAAGAAACUGGAAUCCAUCACAAAGGACAAGGACGGUAGCAGCUUGGUAACAGACAUCAACCCAGGGAAAAAGCUGGAGUUUCGGUCACAGUUGAUCAAAGUGUCAGCAGAGCCUGCAGAACCAUUGCACCACAAAAUACGCUGUCAGGACUGCAGCAUAACCUUUGAGAAUGUAUCUCAAUAUAUGCAACAUGUGUCACAGAGGAAACACAAAGAGAUAUAUUUUAAACGUUUUUUCCCCCAGAUGUUGGAGAAAGUCUUUAAAGCUGUUUUUCAUGGUAGUGAACAAAGAGGAUCUUUUAAAUUGAGUCUGGGCUUAUAUGAUUAUGUCCAAGAGGGUUUGAAGCAAAAUCAGCCAGUUAUUGGUGUACCCCUGGUCGUGGCAUGUGUGAGCUCUCAGGUUCAGGCAGAAGCUAUUUAUGUGUGCUUUGCUUGUGAGGACUGUUUCCCUGAGUCUUCUCUCAAGCAACACUUUGAAAGUCAAAAACAUCUCAUACACACAUUGCUCUACCGGAAUCCCUGGCGACUCCCUUUUGCCUGGAAGGACGAUCUGAAUGUGAAAGCCUUGAAGUCGAUGGCGUGGGAAGAGGAUAAUGAAAGGGGAGCAAAGCAGAUGUUGCUGAUGGUUCUUGAUAUCCCAUACCAUAUUUUUCAGAGCCUCACCCCACCUAGCUACCAGCAAGUGAUGAAGAGACUUGAACUACACCACACUCUCUUAAAGAAUGGAGUUCCACAGUGUGAAACAUACAGGAAAUUCCAAACUCCAGAACAAAAUGAGAGAUUUCCUCUACUUGGCAAAUGUUUCCUGGUCAUGCACAGUGUGUGUGUAAGAAGGCAUCAGCUCACAGAAAUGGGAUUUCUGUGUUUGCUCUGUCAGAGGAAGCUGUCUGAGGGUGAAUUCUACGCUCAUGUGUUCAGUUGGGAACAUGUUAAAAUGUUUCUGGACCGCUUCCAUCCAGGCUCGCUGAAUUCAAACACUGACACUGACACAUUACUGGACUUGGCGAAACAGGCAGCACAUAUUCACCCCAUUCAAAGUGUGCAGGAAAUAAAGUUGGACAAGCCCAUUUGGGAGCCGUGCACCUACCUCAAAACAACAUAUAUACUGGCAUCUGCAAAAAGAAGACAUGGGGGAGCAAAGCUUGAAAUUGCCAUUACACCUCGAAAGAGGCUGUUCCCCAGGGAAACUCUGAAAGAGAUGGGCAAGGACAGUGUGAGAGAUGAGAGUCAGAACAGCUGGAUGAUGGAUGGAUCUGAAAACAAGAACAAUCAAAAUUCUACAGACAAUGAGAACACCCCGAAACAGAUUUCGGUAGAACUUGGCUCUGAAACCCUCAAUAAAUGCUGUGUAGGAAGUGAAGAAAAUGCAGACAAGGGAGCCCACAAGGAAGUUCCUACUCCAAGUGAGCCAGAAUCAGAGAAGACAAGUGGGGUGUUUUCAAAAACUAGUCCAGGUGUAGGAAAGAACGCAGCUGGGGAGACAUGCCAGAGGAUAAAAGAGGAGAAAAAGGAUGAGAUAAUUGAAGAGAUUAACAAGGAGAGAAUGGAGGAGUUGGUGGAGAUAAAGAAUGAGAUAAAGGAGGAAGAAAAUGUGGUCGAGCUUACAAUUACAAAACCAAUUUUGGAGAAAGAAAGCUGCCAGAACACAGACAACGGAGAUGGAGCAGAAACUGGAAAACAAAACGGCAAAGAUGUCUUGACACAGUUGAAGAGUUGCACUUACAAAGAAAAGAAAAGAAAAGGAAACAGCAUGUCUGAAAAUUUACAAGAGGACACAUGUUCUAAUGGGGAUGUGGGGAGAGAGAGGGCAAAUAAAAGGCAGCGACUCGAUUUGAAAGAAGAUGCAUCUUGUGAAGAAUCCCAAAAUAUGCCAAGUGGUGGACUGAGGGGGGUGAUGACCAUCGACGAGGGAGAGAGUGGCAAGCCUAGUCACAAGACUGCCAACAAAUAUAAAGUGUCUCCUAAAAAGCAGAACCAACAAGAAGCUCAGCUGUGGCAGUUUAUCAAGAAGACGAGCCGAGAGCCCGUGAUCGGCUUAGGUGCACUUCUUGAAUGCAAUUGUGAUCGACGUGACCCCAUCUACCUCUGUCAGUGCUGCUCUCUGAAGCUCCUGGAAAGUAACAUCGUCAGCCAUGUUACUGGAUUUUACCAUCAGAAGAUGUACCUAAUGGGGUUAAAGAAAAUCCAACUUGGGAACCAGGUGAUGAGCAAGAUCAAACAUUUGGCUGCUUUGACUGAACAAUAUGAAGGAUAUGGAGAGGCUCAGGUUGUUAAUCUGGAUGAAAAGACUUACAAGAACAUCUCAAAACAAGGCUUUGAUUCAGCCAUAAAGACUGCAAAGGCGCUUCAGGCUCAGCAGGAAGGCAGGCAUGAACCCACUCUAACCUCAGCUUUGCCUUGUGCUCAACCUAUGCACUCCUCAGUCACCGCUCACGCUCAACUUGAUCACUGUGGGACUGAUAACACCCAGGUGGUGGAGAUGGAUAUUGAUUCUGAAGACUCAUCCUCAGUAACUGCACCCAUGUCUGUAAUGACUGAAACCACCUGCAAAACAACCGAAGUCCUUCCUGAAUCAAAUGCAGACGACAAAAUGACAUGCAUCAAAGUUCCUGACAAUGCUAACACCUGUCCGACUGGUUCCAGAAGUAUUGAGGAUGCAAGUUUUUGUGUGACAAAAGGUUCAAAUGCUGCCGGUUUGCAUUCUGAUUCCACACGAGAUAACUCUGAAGAGCAAAUCACUCCAAUCACAACUAUGGAACCAUUACAAAUGGAAACCUCUUCCAAAAUAGUGGGGACCUCUCAAACUGCAGCAGCUUCGGGUUCUACUGCAACCACCCCCACCAAAUCCACGGCUGCCAGUUCUUCCAAGUGUGCUCAAGACUCCACUAAAUCAAAUGUCUUGAAACCUACAGACACGACAUUCAACUGUACUAGACCUAACACAUCGGGAAAAACGACCAAAAAAUAUACAGCAGCCUGUUCUAAACUGACACAAGCCACCUCUGCUUCUAGAGCGAGCAUAUCCAACUUGAAAUGCGCAACACUGACGAAACCAUUGGAAAGCACAACUGGAGCUGCGUCCAAAAACACAGCGACCUCAUGUAAAACUGUGCCCAACUCUCAAACAGGAUCCACCAUUGUGCCUGGAGCCACUGGUAGAACUUUGCAUUCUGAAAUGGCGUCAAAAUUUACAGCUGCAUUUCAAACUACAGUGACAAACGCAGUUGCUGAUGCAGAGGCCCAAACAUCAGUUAAAUCUGAAAAUACUGACGUCUCUGCCAACACUGUGCAUAUGAAGAAUGCAAUGCAUGGAAAUGCUUAUGUUGCACCACAUAUUCAAAAGAGUCAUCCAACAGCCGCUCCCCACCUGACCACAGCCACAUCUGUCAUGUCUGAACACAAGAAUCCACCCACUGAGCUGUCAAAUACCCCCACAACCAAGAUUAAGCCAAAAGAAAACCCUCAUAAAGUUGGCCUAAACCAGCUUAUUACAGUGACUUGUGAAAAUAGGCAGCAAGUCUACUGUCAGCUGUGUUCAGUCAGGUUGAGACGGUCAAGUCACCCCUCCAGCAUUAGCCACCAGUAUAAAUAUGUGGAAAAGAUGUACCCAGGGUGCCCUACCAAGCAGCUGGAGGAGAGUAAAUGGGAGAAGAUAGUUGCAAACUUGGCUGAGGUUGAGAAGGAUGUAGGAAUUCCGAAGGUCCAGAGAAUUGAAGUGACGAAUGACGUGUAUGAAGAGCUGGCUGCUCUCCCGGAGGACAAAGCUAUAGAAAAACUGAAUACAAUGCGAAAACAGACCGACCUGCAGGUUCCGUCAUCCUCCACAGAUGGUCCUGCAGAGGCUUUAAGGCCAAAAUUUGCCUUCAACAGUCCAUGUGACGUUUCAAGCUCAGAUGAUGGUAUUUAUUUGUCACAGACUGAAACACCAGGACUUCUGACUAACAACCAACAAGAUCAGGACAACAUCUGUAUACCAGCUCUUAAUUCAGAAAUGAAAUCCAUUGUGAAAGAUGAAGCAGCUCAGGGUUGGACUAAUGAAGGCCUAGAAGCUAAUGUCCGGACUCCAGAGCCCAUCCCUGCUCAUAGCAUUCGAGAUGCAGACAUAGCAGCCACUAUCAAACAGGAAAAAUUUGACCCAGAUGAGGAGGCCCAGGCUCAUGUUGAAGACACACCUAUAAUCCGGAGUCCUGUCCAAGUGGACAAACCUCAUGGUUGUGCAGAUCCUCUCGCCACUGACUCGGAAGAAUCCGCAGGUAGCUUUGCCCAAACCCCUCAUACAAGCCAAGAGACUCACGAGAAUAGACAACAGCAAGAAAGAAGUGACCCAGAGAUACAGGACACAGAAAAAACAUCACCUGUACUAUGCUCCAGCUCAUACCCGCUCUCCUUAGCUGCAGUGAACACCGAACAGCAGAACGAAUCAACACCCAGCCUCAAAACAGAACAUGUAUCAACACCAGAACAUUCACCACCAGGACCCGGGCAGCACAAUGAAUCACCAGUGCUCCCAAGCAUUUCAGCAGUCACAGGAGAGAAGAGUUGCAGCUAUUUGUCCAGAUACUUGAGCGUGUGUGGACAGGACACUGAAACAAUCAUAGGUCUACGCAGUGUGUGGGAGUGUCGAGGGAUCUCUCUAAGCCCGUUCUACUUGUGUGAGAGCUGCAAGGAGACACUCUCCACCUAUGACAUCCAACAACACAUGCUCAGUCCUGAACACUGGGCCGAAUACAUGUUGAUGGACUAUCCUCACUUCAUGGACUUCUGGUACUAUAAGGAUCUUCGCCAAGAGUGGAAACUGACAGUUUUGAAGGGCGUUGCCCAGCGAGUCUCAAUAAGGGAGCGCCAUUACAAGUUCGAAGCUCAGGUUAUCCUGCUGGGACCCGAGCUGUAUGAACGUGUGCAGACGGCUCCAUUCAGUGAAGCUUUACAAAUGGUACAAAACAUCAGGAAAGAACAGGAACAGAGCAUUCUGUGUCGUCCCAUGAGUACUGCACAACAAAGCAAUGAACAGCCUGAGAAACCGCAGAUUCGAGAGGAAUCUCUCCCAGCUGAGGCCCUUCGGAGAGGUGACAACGGAGCAAGAGAAAAAACAGAAACGCAUCAUUUUGGAAAUGAAACUGUGAUGGAUGGAGAUUUGGAUGGGGUCGAACGUAGGACAGCCCUGAGUCCUCUGGAUGUGUGUAAUGUCCCCUUAAAGGCUGGUUCUCUUGUCUCUCCGGCCCCUGGUGUUGGCACGUGUCUCGUUCCCCAAGAGUCCUGCAUGGAACUCAGACCACCAGUCUCUCUGCGCCACAGGCCGGUGAAACAGGAAGAAGUGCUCUCAGAAUGCGAGUCUUUCCAUACCGUUUGUCCUAAAUCCACUCAAACCCUGACAUUGUAUGUCAAAGAUGAAUGCACUCCAACCAGAAAAAGGCCAGCUGAUGCAUCUAUUGAAACACUGGUCAGACAUUGCACCAGUAACCCCCAACUCGAGCGUCCUUUGCAAGACAAAAACGCAGACGGCUUACGGCACAGUCAGCCUAGCCCCGAACCAGAUCCAGAGUCCUCUCCUGAUAAUGCUGCCGUAACCUCUAUCCCUUUGUCCCAAAAUGAGAAAAAAACAGGACCUGGAUCAGACAACUGCAGCACAUCCAUUGUAGACUUUGACGCCUUAAUAAGUCUUGUGAAACAAGUAAAAUCUAAGAUAAAUGUGUCCUCUUGUAAGUCAGCUCCACAUAAUGCUGAGACCACUACCUCUCGCGCUAACACUCCGUCCGAAAGUGUUGUGGAAAGGAGACCAAAAAAUCCACCCACCACCAAAUCGCUGAAGAGGAUGUCUACAACAGCACCUGCUGGACAAGCCCCGGCAGGCGGCACCAUAUCACCCUCUGUCGGCACUGCUGUCCCGAGCGAAGUACAGCACCAGACAAGUGUCAAUGCUCAGAACAGCUUUGGAAAUGUGAGCAAUCUCCAGGCUCGUCUCACUUGUGUGGCCACAAACAGUAACGUGGGUCAGGCAUCGGAGCCACGCGGCAACACAGAGACCGACCCCACUGUUUUUUGUCUAAUGCCCAUUAAACCCAUCGUAUCUACCAGGCCAGACCCCACUGACCAGCAAAUUGUGCGUGGCUUUAAAAGACAGGACCACUCUGAGGUGUCCAGAGUCAUUCAAGAUGCUCACAGUUCCUGCACAGUCGAAACUGCAAACCCCAGUAACACCCUUGCAGCUUCAGGAGCGCAUGGCCAGUACAGCCAAAUGGCUUAUCUCACAAAUGAAUAUCGAGGUCACCUUUCUUCUAAGACUUUUGCUGGUUACACGACACCAGGCAACCCACCUGCUUACACUCUGGGUUUAUAUCAACAAAAAGGGUACGCCGCAAAUGGGCUCUACACGGGUCAGUUAUACCAAGAGCAGGAAGCAAGACUACGUUUGCAGUCAUUUGGACACAGUUUAGCAACCCCAACUCCUCCAGGAUGGCAGAGCCAGGAAAUGCAGCAGCAACAGCUUCAACAACAGCAACAGCAACAGCAUCUAAAACAGCAGGAGCAGCAGCUACAACAGCAACUGCAACUGCAACGGCAGCAACAGCAGGAGCAGCAGCUACAACAGCAACAGCAGCUGCAACAGCAGCAACGGCAGCAACAGCAGCAACGGCAGCAACAGCAGCUACAACAGCAGCAGCUACAACAGCAGCAGCAUCAGCAGUACUUCUCAUGGACAAGUGCCACCAUGGCUGCUCCACAUGGCAGAGUGACCAAUGAUGGUGUCUACGCAGGAGCUGCUCCAUUUAGCGUUCCAGGCAACAAUUCCCAGAUGCCAAACAACCUAAACGGAUACAGCACCAACAGAGCUGUUCCAACGCAGACCAGCAACAACAUAACACAAAACGCUUACCAGGUUUACAUUAGACCGCCAACCUUUUACAAUCCUCCUUACAGUCAACAGUGAAACCAUCCCUCAGGCAUCUGCAAACUCCUUUUUUGCUUCUGCCACAGAGAUGUUUACUGUAGCGCCCCCUGUGGCCAAUACCACACGCGUAGCUUCCCAUCAAAAUGCCUAUAACCCAUACUAAUCACAAGAGAUUUCUUUUGUACAGCCGUUAAACAUUGCUCUGUGUUGGUCCCUAGUAGACAAUAGAUACAUUUAUAUACAGUGGGAGAAUCUGAGAUGCUGUGCAGGAUGUUAAACUCUACAUUACCGAUGAGGGGUGAGUCAUAAGUGUCCAUUCAUAGGUGAAUAUAAAGGCACUAGUGCUUCUGAGGAUUGUAUCUGGUUGGUGACAGAAUACAAAUCGAUGAUCCCUUAACCUCUUUACCUUAUCAAGUUCGUAACAUCUGGAGCUUCUACGAACCAAAAGCUGAAGAAGUUUGACAUUUUCCCUACUUAGUCUCCAUGCGUUACAUUUUUGCAUCUUUUCUAACAAUACAUAUUCGAGCAAAGGUUUCUUCACCUGUGAACGAGAAGACUGAGCUUUGUUGUUACAUUAUUGUUUUAUAGAAUUUAUUUUUUGUUUUUCUUUUAUAGGUUAAAAAGAAUCUGCAUUAGCAUUUAGGAAUCUUGAUGCAAGUUAUUGUCUUUGCCAUUUUAUUCUCAGUGUGUUCAUACAUGCUCAGUGCUACAUAUGCGGGUGUUCUGCUUUGUGCUAUAGUUUGGAAGACUUAUUACUUCAGUUUAACCUCCUAAGACACUAAAAUAAACUUUUUAUAGACAUUUAUUUUAAAUGAAGUUGAAAUUUUUUUGUUGUUGUUGAAGCAGUGAGUUCAGAAUGCUGUCAAUGUUUGAAACUAUUGCUUACUUUGAACAUGAAGGAAGGUUUCAUAAACUGUAUACUGACUACGGGAUUAAUCUGCUGUUGCUUGUUUACGUUUUUAAUAUUUUUAAUGUUACAUUUUCAGCAAUUGUCAACUGAUUUUGGACAGUUUUAUGUACAUGUUUUGUUCAGCUUAAUAAAAGUUAUGUAAAAAUUAGAUCUUCUGUUGAAUGUGUAAUAAAAUGACAUUUUUUUCAUAAA